UCAAGUGUCAUAUUAUUUUGAUAAUUGAGCCAAUGGUUUAACUUUUAACAAUAUAGAAAUAUUAAUAUCUGUUUAAAAUUGACACUGUAGCGGUCUGCUGCUGUAAUCAAGUUUCGAAUUCUUCCUAUUCCAGUUCAGGCAAAUAAAAUGUCAUCUAGUCGUUCAAAAUCAUCAAUUCUUGACAAGCCUCUCAGUAAAGGAAAAGGCGAAGUUUCUCUAGCUAUUUACGCUCUGCUGUUUUCAGAAAUAGUACAGUAUAGUCAAAAUCGUUCGCAUUCCAUACAGGAAUUACAAAAUAAACUCUCUGAAAUGGGACAAGAUGUUGGCAGCAGAUUGUUAGAUUUAUACUUUGUCAGAGAAAGAAAUAGUAAACGAGAAAUAAAACUUCUUAACAUGCUAUUAUUCGUUAAAUCAACUUUGUGGAAGGUAUUAUUUGGUAAAGAAGCAGAUAAGUUAGAGCAUGCAAAUGAUGAUGAAAGGACUUACUAUAUCAUUGAAAAGGAUGCUCUGGUAAAUAAAUUUAUAAGUGUACCUAAAGACAAAGGGUCUCUUAACUGUGCAUCUUUCAACGCUGGAAUUAUUGAAGCAGUUUUAACUAGGAGUGGCUUUGCUGCAAAAGUGACUGCUCAUUGGCAUAAAGGCACAACAUACAUGGUUAAAUUUGAUGAUGCUGUGAUCUUGAGGGACAAGUCAUUGGAUGAUCGAUAAAUUAUUAUUCUUUUCAAAAAAGUCCACUUUGUUAUGCAUUGUAAAUACUAAUUUUCAUAUCCAAAAAAUGUUGACAGCACCACUAAAUAGGUGUUCAUAGUCUGUCAUAGUUAGAACUGACUUUAUGCAGAUAAUGUGCAUUAUAUUUUGCAAUACAUAUAUUCUAUGUUAUUAUAAAAUUUCAAAUGCAACUAUUUUGCAUACUUAUAAAUUUAAAAUAUUUUUAACAAAUCUUAUAUUCUCUACCAAUAUUUAAAUUUCCAUGUUUUUCUAUUCAGAUACAUAUGUAAUCAAUAAUAUGCAGAUAACUUUAGCAUUUCCUGCUGUUUCCACAAAUCUUUUUAGCUUAAAUGAAGGUGAAAUAUUGAUGUUUAUGAUUAAGCUGUAAAUUGGUUGAGUCUCUAGUGUUGAACAUCCAUUGAUGGAAAAUUAUAAUAUAGAUCUACUAUGGACUGAAAUUUUUCUAGAUAUAUAAUAUGAAUUCUAAGAAAUUUUAAUUUUCAAGAAGUUUAAGAUAAUUUACAAUAACCAAAAUAGCAAAAAACAUAUCAUUCAAAUAUAAAUAGAGAACAAAUAGGCUUUUAUAAUUGAAGGAAAAGUAGAAUAAUAUUUUCUAGUAUAGAAUUUGUUCUUUUAUUUAGUUUUUUCUACUCUAUAACUUUUAGUCAGUAUAUAACAAACUUAGGACAGCUUAAAUAGUCUGUCUUUGUAACGAAGCUCACCAGAUCUGCACUUUG